AUGGCUGCGGCCACCGCCCCGCCACCUCCACCCUUCAACCCCGUCGACACAUCCGCGUCCACCGCCUCCCUCACCGUCUACAAAGACGAAGUCGAGUCGCCCAGCACAUCCAACUCCAACGCGCUCGCCCGCUUCGAGUUCGAGCCCGGCAGGAACAAAGAUGGAACCAAGAUCCUCAUGGUCGAGUGGGAGGACGACGACAGCACACGGGGCGUACGAGGCGACUGGCACGUGGACUGGGAGGGCAAGAGCCGGAGCACCGUCCUGCGCGCAGACGACCAGACAGGCAACGACAUCAACCGGCUUUACUUCCUCAUUCCGCCGGGAGCGAGCGUGCCGGCGCAGGUGACGCUUACACACCUGCCUGCGGGCGAGGAGAAGGGAGGGAGCAGGAGAGAGGUCGUAUGGCGCACGAACCCGCUGCCAGCGAUCUUCCCGCCGGAGCUGGGCGCGUCGGCGAGGGCGCAGGGCAAGAAGGGCGUGCUGCAUACCAUAUGGGCGAAGAAGCGGCUGCAGAGCCUGCAGCGCGAGAUCGAGACCGAGAGCGCCACGAAUGUGGAGAGCGUCGGCCUCACCAUGGCGGUGCAGGAGAAAGAAUGGAUCGAGCGCAACUUCGGCGUCACGACUAAACCGAGCAGUAUCAGUUUGCCGAGCGGAACGACGGGCGCCAUGGCCGGGAUACCACUCAGUCCGCAGAGCCCGAGGAGUCCCGGGGGUGGGCGGCUGAUGGAGAAGCUGAAGGGUUUGAGGCUGGGGACGACGGAGAGAGAGCUGGGGUCAAGGGCGCAGGAUGAUGGGUACAUGGGCGGAGCGAAUCCGCUCAGUCCCGAGGGCUCGGACGUCGCCGUGUCGAGUUUUGCGACAUUCAAGGGAGCAGGCCCGGGGAUACUGGCGGCGAAGCCUGCGCAAAGGCCCGAGGUGCCUAGGACUGCGAUGAUGCAGAUACCGCCGCCCUCGAUACUCGCGCAACAGCAGCAGCGUGGGGGUAUGGCGUCACUCAACGCAUUCGCCGGGGGCGGGAUGCCACCACCGCAAGCAAGCCAAGCGGACGAGAAGGAAGACGACCUGUUUGCGUUGCCGAUAAGUCCACGGAGUCCAGAUAUGUCCAAAAGCCCUUUCUCGUUUGCAGCGAGUGAUACCAAGAAGUAUCUCCAAGGCGAAGCAGCUAUAUGA